GGUCUAUCAAAACUGAAGCCACGAGUGUGCAACCAGUAAACCACAAGCAAAGUCCUGUUUGUAUGGUGACAUCCGGCGGUAAGGUGAGAUUGCGCAAAAGCUUUCAAAACGCCCUCUUUUUAACGCACACCCUCAAGUGUAUAUACGACGGAGAUCGAGAGAGCUAUAGCUUGCAAUCGAUCUGGCGGGGAGAGGCAGCUGCAAUAAGCGCUUUAGUCAGUCAGGCUGGGCGGUUGUGCAGAAGCCGUGGUCAUUUCUCAAGAGUUCAACGUUACAGCCUGUUGCCAAUAGCAAGAAAGCUGAAAGUCACCGAAUACUGUUCCAGUCCACGGGAGCCUACGCGUCGGGAAGCAGCUUUCGCUAGUUUUAUAUACUAGGCAGUUUCUGGCCAUUCUAGCUUGAAAACACUCCCUUUUGGUGUCUGUGGGGUGAGUAGAUAAUGGAGACUACUCUGACUCUCCUUGUUCUGACUGCUGUUGUUGGCCUGUCGCAGCAGCAGAUUCCUCGAUGUGUUCUGAGUAGAUUGGACAAUGUGCCUUGUAAAAAGUUAAAUCCGAGGAUCAGGGAUGCUUCAGAAAACAAUCAAUAUUCAAUUCACUACACAAAAAUGGAAGGAGAUGGUGCAGGUGGAAUACGGUGUCGAGUGAAACGUAGAAAUGAGCAAAUCAGAGAUAUUAAAACUGUUGGUACUGUUCACACAAAGAUCAUACAUUCCCCCGGAUUUGAUCUCGGGGAAAAGUAUGACAAUCAACUCCUAGUACAGUACAACAUUAAGUGUGACGAGGGGCGACUAGCAUUCUUAAACGUCACGGAAAUCGACCUACCGGGAAGGGAAGACUGUGUGUAUAACGGAAAACAAAUGUGUCAGGACUAUAUCCUAAUCGAUCGUGGAAUUUCUGGAACUACUGAGUUAUGCGGCAACUCUACUUCCAAUGACACUACGUCAGAGUUGGAGACAGUCAGGGAAUUUCACUGUUUACUUCCGCACAAGUGAAGAAGGGAAAUUUGGUGGCUUUGAGAUGUACGUCAUCUGCUUUAGAGAGGAAGAUAGGGAUCGAAGAGGUUGUUUAACACCAAUGGAUUUCAACUCUUCUGUGUGUUCUGCUGAUAGUGGCGGUGGGGAACAGCAGCCACAAGAUAACACCCAAGAUGAAGGUCGUGGAAGAAGGAGGAGGGACACUUACUCUGAUGUCACAUACAAGGAUAUUUUCCCUGAAUAUCCUUCAGGCCUGAGGAUGAGGGAAGAUGUUGCAAAUUUUCACAAUCUUUGGCGUCGUAAGAAGAGGCAAGCUGGAGGAGACUUUCGCUUCAUUAGUAGAAUUGUACUCCUAAAUGAGUCGGUAAACUAUACUGAUAGUACCAUCCGGAUAGCUGACACUGAUGGCACUGAGACUGGACUAUAUGAAUGUGUUCAACUUCUGGAAACGUUAAAUGCACUGGGGGAAAUUGACACCUAUGUUACUCGUGUCACUUGUCCGAGAGAAGAGGUCUAUCCUCACUUCUUUGGACCAGGUGCCCUGGUAAUAAUUGGCAGUCAUGCAUAUUUCCAGCUGUUUAUUAUUGAUCCACGAGGACUGAUUCCAACUCCUGAGGAAGAGGAAGAACUGAGACUGAUGAAUGAGCCACUGUUUAAUUCCAUUCCAGGUGUUUUUGAUUUUGAAACCAACGAAACCAAUGACUUUUCCAACAAGAUUCUGUUCCUGGCUCUUAGGAAUCGUGAGGCUUGCACUCCAGCUGUGAGACAACAAGCUAUGUCACUCAUCGAGUUAUUCGAUGAGGCUAUGGUGAUGGCGUUGCAGAAUUUCACAAUUAAUUGCACAGUGGAAGGGAAGGAGGUAAGGUGUACUGUGGAUGAUGGCUAUGAUCCGCCACUUGACCAAGGCACCUUCUGCACUGUCAAUGACAAACCUCGUAUAGAAUGUGAUCCAUUCUAUGUGGGUUUUGUUUCACAAGAAGAAAUAGAAACAGUAACUGUUGAAGCCAUCAACUGUAAUGGGCAAAGAGCAACUAUGACGGUCCCUCCGGUAGCUCCUGAAUGUUAGCACGUAGUGGACACUUAUUUUUUGAACAGUGUGUUUAUAAUUUAUUAAUGCUGAACUGUAUUGCAACAAUAA